AUGGGCGAAUUCCAAAUUCCCAUGGGCGCCUUUUUCUUUUCUUCUGCCCGCCUUCGGGGGGGAGAGGAGACCCUCAUUCUCCUCCUCUUCAUCAGCGCACCUCCGCAAGAGCAGGAGGAAAGGGCCCAGAGAAUGGAAAUAGAGAGAGCGCCAGAGCCAGCUAAACUUCCUCGCUGUUGGCAGGGACCGCCAGAGCGCCGCAGCGUACGGAGUACAGCACUACCUACCUACACCGCACAGGAAAUCGCCCCUCCUCCCAGGGGUUCUCAGGGAUUCUGGGGCUUGUUCGUCCGUCUGCCGGGCGGCACAGUGGCAUGCCAAGGGAACUAA